CACCUCUUAACCUCUUCCCAAUCCUCCCGCCAGCGCAUUUCCUCGGCUGCCAGCGCUGCACGUGUCCCAGGGCGCACAGGGCGCUGUGCGGGGCUCGGGGCUCAGGGCUGGGCUCCACACUGGUACGGGAGUGAACAUGGCCAGACAGCGGGCACAGCUGCUAGCCGGCUUCCUUCUGCCGGGGUUCCUGCUCUCAGAAGCCGCCAAAAUUCUGACUGUAUCCUCACUGGGUGGAAGCCAUUAUCUACUGGUGGACCGGGUUUCUCAGAUUCUUCAAGAUCAUGGCCAUAAUGUCACCAUACUUCUUUAUGGAGGAGAUUAUGUAAUCCCAAAAAAGAAGGAAAAUACAUACCAAGUUAUCACUUGGCUUCUAUCUGAGGAACAUGAAAAACAAUUAAAGAACUAUUUUGAUUUCUUUAUGACAGAAGUUUUGCAUGGCAGAGGAGCAUUUGACAACUUUGUAAAGUUAAUGGAACAAUUGGGGAUUCAGUGCAGUGAUUUGCUAAGAAGUGAUAUCAUGGAUUCUUUAAAAAAUGAGAAUUUUGACUUGGUAUUUGUUGAAGCAUUUGACUUCUGUUCUUUCCUGGUUGCUGAGAAGCUUGGGAAGCCAUUUGUGUCAAUUCUUCCCACUCCCUUUGGCAGUGUGGACCUUGGACAACCUAACCCUGUGUCUUAUGUUCCAGUAUUCAAUUCCUUGCUAACCGACCACAUGGACUUCUGGGGCAGAGUGAAGAAUUUUCUGAUGCUCUUUGAUUUCUCCAUGAAGCAAUGGCGAAUCCAGUCUACAUUUGACAGCACCAUUAAGGAACAUUUCCCAGAAGGUUCUAGGCCAGUUUUGUCUCAUCUUCUAAAGAAAGCAGAGCUGUGGUUUGUUAACUCUGACUUUGCCCUUGAAUUUGCUCGGCCCCUGCUUCCCAACACUGUGUAUGUUGGAGGCUUAAUGUCCAGACCUGUUAAACCAGUAUCACAGGAAUUUGAGAAUUUUAUUGCCAAGUUUGGAGACUCUGGUUUUGUCCUUGUGUCCCUGGGCUCCCUGGUGGGCAUCUGUCAGUCCCAGGAAGUUGUCAGGGAGAUGAACAGUGCCUUUGCUCAUCUGUCUCAAGGGGUGAUAUGGAAGUGUAAUCCUUCUCAUUGGCCCAAAGACGUCAAAUUGGCAGCAAAUGUGAAAAUUGUGGACUGGCUUCCUCAGAAUGACCUCUUGGCUCACCCACGCAUCCGUCUCUUUGUCACCCAUGGUGGAUUGAAUAGCAUAAUGGAGGCCAUCCAACAUGGUGUGCCCAUGGUGGGGAUUCCUGUCCUUGGAGACCAACCUGACAACCUGGUCCGAGUAGAAGCCAAAAAGUUUGGUGUCUCUAUCCAGUUAAAGCAUAUCAAGGCAGAGACAUUGGCUCUGAAGAUGAAGCAAGUCAUAGAAGACAAGAGGUACAAGUCAGCAGCAGUGGCCGCCAGCAUCAUCAGGCGCUCCCACCCCCUGACCCCUGCUCAGAGGCUGGUGGGCUGGAUCGACCACAUCCUCCAGACAGGGGGCGCGGCACACCUCAAGCCCCACGGCCUGCAGCAGCCAUGGCAUGAGCAGUACCUGCUGGACGUCUUCUUGUUCCUGCUGCUGGUCACCCUGGGCACCCUGUGGCUCUGUGGGAAGCUGCUGGGCGUGGUGGCCAGGUGGCUGUGUGGGGCCAGGAAGCUGAAGAAGGCCUGAUGGAGGUGCAGCCUUGACAGGUGUUUGGGGAGCCACUGGUUGUAGAAGGCUUUCUCUUAGCACAGAACACCCCUGGUGUCUUCCCCGUAUUGGCACUUGAUUGGCACACAAAUUGUGUUUCACUAUUUUCUGCUUGUGUUUAAAAAUUCUUGUGAGGCACUCUUGGAUUUCUUGUGAUAAAAUUUUCCAUUUUAACCACUAAGUGUAGAAUCAAUGGCAUUAAGCACAUUGACAUUAUCAUGUGAACCUCACUACCACCCAUUCCAAGACUGUUUUCAUCUUCCCACACUAAAAGGCAAUGUUGGUCAAACAGUAAUUCCCCACAUCCCUGCCCCUAUCACCCGCCUCACCAGCUCCUGGCUACCCCAGUUUUACUUUCUGUGUCUACGAAUUUGAUCUUGGCUUCUUGCCCCUCAUCAGUGGACUCCUCACUCAGACUCAAAACUUCAGCAGACAGCCCCCACCUUCCUCCCCACUCCCUGUCCCUAGACACAGAGCCCUGCUUAUUUCAUCCUGGGUUCCUAGACACUUCUCAGUCUCUCUGCCUUUUCUCCAUCCUCACAUUUCAUGAUAUGACAAGAUAUUGGCCAGUUCUUCCAUAUUGGGCCUUCCUCUUGCAUCUCCUUUUCAUCUGACCUCCAAGUUCAAGAAGCCUAGCCUCCAUCAUGCAGCUAGGCUGGGAUGGUCUUCCCAGGACUCAAGUUGUGAUCUCUCUGCUGAGUUCUGUCCUUCAAAGAGCACUUCCUUUGCAAG